AUGGAACCAAGUUUGAGAGGUGAUAAACUUGACUGGAAAUUUUUCGAUCGCGAUGGUAUUAAAGCUCUUAAUGCUAUUCUUCAACAGCACCCAUCAUUAAAGUUUACGCAGAUAGGAGAUUCAUUAUUUGACAUGUCUACAAGACAAGACAUAGGGAAUGGUGUUGAAAUAGUGUGGUUUCUACGAAAAGGCAACAAACUCCAAAUAAGUAGUCAUUUGGCAAGACCUAGUCGAAGGAAAAAAUGUGAACUGCUUGGGAAACAGCAGUUGCCGCCAAGUCUUAGCCAACAUGACAUAAGAAAAUUAACGGCACAAUAUCAAAAGAAGGUUUUUCGACACACAGCAAAUAAGGAGGUUUCUCUGAGAGAUUAUUUCCAAACAAAAUAUGGCAUCACUUUAAAAUACAUGUAUUUGGCUGAAGCAUCAAACGGAGAUAAGCAACUGCCCAUAGAAUGUUACGAGAUUGUUGAGGGUCAAAGAUAUUGGGGUAACUUGAAUGCAACGCAACAAACUUAUCAGACUAUCCCGGGAGAAAGCAUUAAACUUAUCGACGAUGCUAUGAAGUCCAAGUUAGCGGUGAAAAUGGAUCCCGUACUAAAGCAAUUCAGACUUGAAGUUGGGCAGGAGAUGGAACGCGUAGGGGCAGUCGUAAAAGAAAUUCCUAAAGUACAUUAUAAUGGUAAUUCGAAACACAGUAGUCCCAGAAUUAAUGAAGACAGGGCGAAAUGGCAAUUGACUGGUGUCAAACUUUAUCAAAGUGGUUCUACUGUGGAAUCUGUUCAUCAUGCGAUUUCAAAGUAUGUGAAACUUCUUGAGGGAACGACGGUUAGGCCACAGGUGGUAUUAUUCAUUGUGGAUGACGACCGUGGUGAAAGAAAACAUAUGAACAAACCACAAUAUGAUGCGGUCAAGCAAGUACUUGAAACAAUCGCUGGAAUACUUUCCCAAUGCGUUCGCGCACCAUACAUUUUUAAUCCAAAGAACAUGCGAGGCUAUUGCUUAAAUGUUUCGCUAAAACUCAACCUCAAACUUGAUGGCACUAACUCUGUUAUUUCCAUUCCUCAACUGCAGGAAGAUUCUUUUCUGGUCCUUGGAGCUGACAUAACCCAUCCAACAUUGGGAGUCAAGAAAUUCCGUCCAUUGCAGUUGUCGGUUCUCUCGAUAGACACGCCAUCCGAUAUACGGAAAAGCACACGACACAGUAUCAAAAAGGGAGUGGAAGAUAUCGUGAGGAAACUUCCCGAUCGUAUUGUUGUAUAUAGAGAUGGUAUACCUGGGACUCUAUUUCAAUCCGUUGCACUUGAUCAGAGUUGUCUGGUAUCCGAAAUGCAUGCGCUAACUUGGAUCGUGUUUAUCAGCCACCGAUUACCUAUAUUGUUGUCGGCAAACGACAUUCGAUUCUACUGGGACGACAAAAAGAGUAACGUUCCUCCGGGAACUAUUGCCGAUAGUACUAUAACACAUCCUUUCCUGUACGAUUUCUUCCUACAAUCUAGUUCCACUAGCUUUGGAACGUGCAGAAAACCUCACUAUCAUGUUCUCUUGGGUGAGAAUAAAUUUAAUGUUAACGAGUUGCACGAUUUCAAGGCUGUGUUACAACUUCCGCAGGCAGUCUCCAUUCCAGCACCCGUGUAUUAUGUGUAG